GAAGGAGAUUCAGCGAGAGAGGGCGGUGUUCGAGGAGGAGAGAGAGACAGCGCUGGCCGAGAUCGAGGCGAUGCGGGAGACGGAGACGAGGCGACUGAGGAGAGAGAGGAAGCUGUUCGAUGAACACCAGAGGGCCGUCAGGGCGGUGCCGGAUAAACGCGAGAGAGAGGAAAUACAAGAGUUGAGGAACCAGCUCGGCGAGCUGCGAGUGGAGAUGCAGCGGAGGGAGGGACGGUGGAGCAGCGGACUCACGCGCGCCCGCGAGCGCACAGCCUCGCUCGAACGCGAGAACGCACAACUGAGCGCGAGCGUGGCUGCGCUGGAACGCGCCCGCCUCGACGCCCGGCCGCGCCCACGCCCCGCCCGGCCUCCCCGCGCCGUGCCCGCCGCCGUGCCGCCGCCCCCGCUGCCCGCGUUCUCCGACGUUGUCGUGCUGACUGAUGCCGAGGGUGGGGUCGCUGCAAGGUCGCCGCCCGCGAGUCCCAGCAGGGGGCGCCGGCGCAGACGUGCGUCUCUGCCGCGCGAGCGAGACUCGGGGUCGCGGUCGUCGGGGAGCGAGGACGGGGAAGCCGGCGGAGAGGAAGAUGCCGGGGAGGGACCGGAGGAGGAGGAGGAGGAGGAGGAGCCACGGGGCAGACUCGCGGAUGAGGUCUGCGGCGGCGUCGUCAACGGCAACGAGUUUGACGUCGACGGCUGCCUGUUGAGCGGCGACCCGGGCAGGGGUCGCGCAACGACCUCUGACCCCGGCAAGUCGCUCAUCGACAACCCGGACUACAACCACGAGCUGGUCAGGCACCCGGAUGGGAAGCUGGAGAAGGUGUUUGAGAAUGGAUGUCGUGAGAUCCAGUUUCCGAACGGCACGAGGAAAGAGGUGAGCGGCGAUGGACGCACCGUUCUCGUCUCCUUCUUCAACGGCGACACCAAGCGCAUCCUGGCCAACGAGCGAGUGGUGUAUUACUAUGCCGAUGCUCAAACGAUCCACACGACGUUCGCUGAUGGCCUGCAGACGAUGGAAUUCCCAAACGGCCAGACUGAGAGACAUUAUCCAGACGGAAUCAAAGAGAUUACCUACCCUGAUCACACGCUGAAGGUAGUGCACCCUGGUGGCGGCGAGGAGAGUUAUUUUCCAGAUGGUACCUCUAUCAAGGUACAUCAAGAUGGAGUAAAGGUCAUCGAGUUUUCCAACGGCCAGAAAGAGAUACACACAAAGGACUACAAGCGGAGAGAGUACCCGGACGGAACGACAAAGACGGUGUACGGCGACGGCAGGACGGAGACGAGGUAUUGGACCGGGCGCGUCAGGGUCAAGGACAAGGAAGGCAAUGUCAUCGUCAGCGAACGUGCGUGACCGCGUGCGCCCGCCAGGGGGCGCUGCUUGAUGCCACCAGGAGUCGCCACUGUCAACAUGAACGCGUGAUCCACUUGCCAUCAGGGCGAGGUGCGAUCUGCACACUCGGAAAUCGCUGUUAUGCGCGGAAAGAGAAUUUAGAUCUCAGAUUGAACGUGCGAGGUUCACAUGGAAGGUCUGUUACGGACAUGUAUAUAGCUCUGCUACUCGUUACUCGACAAAAUGAUAUUUAAUGCCGUGUUCUGUUUCAAUUUUUUGUAAAUAAAUGAAUGUAAAAUAUUA